AUGGAUGGUGUUGAAAAUAAAAACCAUGUUGGAAUGAACUGUUCUCUUGAUGACUUAAUCAGAAAAGAAGCUCCAAAAAAAGCGAGUGCCAAAUCAGUGAGAAAAAGUAUGAGCCGAGGAAAGCCUGUGGUAAAAAACAAAAAAAUGGUUCAUUCAGACAGGAAAUUUGGUAAUAAAAGGAGUAACAGUUCAAUACAGGCCUCUUCUGGUAGAAGUAAUUCCAGUGGUUUGUACAGAGGUGUAUAUAAAAAAGAAGGCAAGUCACAGUCUUUACAUAUGAGAAGGAAAAAAGAUUUUCAAAUGAGAACUGAAUUAAACACAAACGAUAGUAUACCUGAUAAAUACUGUGAAUUAUCCAAUUUUAAUGAACGUGAAAGAAUAAUAAAAAUGAUCCGCCUUGAGCACAAAGAUGAAGACUUUACGCUUCAAGUUCUACUAGAUUCAAACCCAAUAAUUAUUGUAAAUAAAAUAACAGGAGUCAUUAAAUUAAAUUCUUUUAAUUGCAGAACUUCAAGCAUGCUUGAUGUCUGGAAUUUGCUAUUAAAGCCUCUUGGCUUAUCUUUACAGGUAGUAAAUAUGAAUGGUGACUGUACAAACUGGUCAAUCACUGAUGGGUGUUGUUAUAUGGAGAAUUUCAGAGAUGGUAUGAUAGUCCGUGGAUCGGGCUCUAGAGAUACGGCUAGAAAUGCUCGAUUUUCGAUUCUUGAACAACAUAUUAGGCAGUUAAUCAUUUAG